AUGUCUCGACGCGCCGACGCGCGCGCCGACGCCGCGCUCGGCGCGUACGCGUACGUCGACCUCGCGGGCGCGACGCAGGGGCCGUUCGCCGCGCGCGCGCUCGCGCGGUGGCACGAGGACGGGUUUCUCGAGCGCGCGCUCGCGCUGCGGCGCGACGGCGACGGACGCGAGACGACGGUCGGCGACGUCGUCGACGCGCUGCGCGCGCGCGAUCGCGCGCGCGACGAAGAGGACGACGACGCCGACGACGCGCGCGCGCGCGAGGGCGAGGGCGCGAGCGACGGCGUCGCCGAUGACGAUCGCGACGACGGCGGCGCGCGCGGCGACGACGCGAGGGCGAGCGCGUUGGACGAUCGACUGUCGCGGUUGCUCGCGAUCGGCGGCGGCGAGCUCCCGCGCGCGCGCGCGGUGACGCCGGACGUCGCGGAGGAGGGCGGGUGCGAGGACGCGGCGGCGCGGGAUGCGAUGGGAUCGGAGACGGCGGGCGACGACGCGCGCGCGAGGGCGUACAGACGGCCGAGAGGGUGGCGGGACAUCCUGCGCGCGACGCGGGAGAGGGUGCGGCGAGGACGGGCGGCGAUGGGGGAACCGCUGGGCGAGGAGGACGAGACGGGGACGUGGAGCGCGGCGGUGAACGCGCGGUUGCGGGAUCCGCGGCCGGACGGGCGCGCGCGGGGGACGGAACCGGACGAGGAGGGCGCGCUGCCGGAGGAACCCGCGCCGAUCGAUCUUCGCGAGCCGUUUUGGGUGAUUGAAGAUCGCGCGCGAAUGGACGGUGAGCUCGACGCCGAGCGUUUGAACGCCGCGGUGGCGGAGCAGUUGCGAAAUACGUCAAAGCCGCCGGCGAGCGGCGACGCGAGGAGCGACGAUUCAGACGUGAGUUGGAGCGGGAAGCCGGGAGGCUUGGAACGACAGGCUGCGCGCGCGGCGGAGCGCGCGGCGCUCGAAGCGGCGCAGCGCAACGCGCGCGAGGCUGCGGCGAGGACGGAGCGGGCGGAAGACGCCGCGGCGGUCGAAGAAGACGAAGCCGCGCGCGCGCGAGCGGCGACGGAGGAAGCGCGACGAAGACGACACGAAAUGGAGCAAUACUUUGCCGCAAAUCCUUACGCCGGCGAGUGGUGGUUGACGGAACAAGAAAACGACGGAAAGUUUACGCUCGGACCGUUUGCGUACCACGAGCUGCUGGAAAGGCUUCCUCACGUCGCGGUGGCGCAUCGCAGGGACGACGACGCGUGGCGCGUGGUGGGUCCGUACGCGGCGCGCGAACGCGUCGAGGGUUACGGACGCAACAUGGACGGCGCGGUGCUUUCGUUCGACCGUGAUGAGGCUGAUGCGGACGCGGCGGCGUCGCGCGAUAUGGAGACGGAAGCGUGGUUCGACGUCGUCACGUCUGUCAUUGACGUAGAGGGCGAAGUACAAAAUGCGCUCUCGCGAAACGUCGGCGACGAAAAGGAUGUAAACGCGUGGUUCGAUAGAGAAAUGUCGAAAGUGAAACUUCCACCGGGAAUCGCACCGAUGAAAUCG